AUGAAUCGGCGUUUAUUGAAAGCAAAUUCGAUCACAACUUAUGAUACAGCUACCUUAUGGCGUGCACUAGAAGCAUCAUCUGCCAAUCAUCAAAAUCAAACAGCCCAUAAAGAAACUGCACGUCGUUGGCAACGUGCAGCGAGUCGUCUCUUAAGACAAAAUACAAUAAAUUCAAUAUCAUCUCAAAAUGAUAGUUUAUCAAGAUCUUCUUCAGGAAUAAAUCGUGGAACAGGAUUUACAGGAGGUGAAGGAGGAGGAGGAAAUGGAUCGACUAAUUCGGAUGGUAGUGAUUCUAAUGAACGACCAGAAAGUAAUUUAGCAUUUGUUCGUCGUAAAUGUGACGAUUGGUUAAUACAUGGUUUACCAAAAUUAGCUCUAUUACAAAACCAUCAAAUUCAAAUUGAUGAACGUGAUUUAAAAAUAGAGAAAGAAUGGCAACCAUUUUUAAGCGAACAAGCAAGAUCACUUAUGUCAGAAUCGAUCAAAUUACAACAAGAAGCUAUCUAUGAAAUGCUUUCAACUGAAGUAUCCUAUAUACGUCAGAUUUUAACAAUGACUGAUAUAUUUAUGACAAGUGUUAUGAUAUUAAAAUCAUCUCAACGUGACGGUCUUUUAAAUGAUAUUGAUAUGGAUAAAUUGUUUUCAAAUAUACAAGAUGUACUUAAUGCAAAUUUAUCAUUUUGGAAAGAUAUAUUAUUACCAAUUAAAAUAAAACUUGAACAAACCGGCUGUGCAAUGAAUCCAUCAGAUCUUAAAAAUGGUUUUCUUAAAUUUGAUAUUUAUUUUAAAUCAUAUCUUCACUAUGUACUUGAUCAAAAAGCAAGUGCAGAAUAUUUCAAACAAAAACUUGCCAAAGAUGAUCUAUUUCAAUAUUUAAUUACUUGGAUUGAAGCUAAUUUUACUAAUCGUUUAUCAUUUCCCGAUCUAACUAUCAAACCAUUACAACGACUUACACAAUAUAAAUUAUUGCUUGAAGCUAUACAAAAAAGAACACAAGAUAAUCAACAACGAAAUGAUCUACAUGAAAUGAUCCAAAAAGUAGCCACUUUUGUCAAUCGAGUCAAUUCAAAAUUGCAUAGCCAAGAACAAGAAGAACGUGUUCGUCAGAUAAGUGAUCGUAUUGGUGCAUUUGAAUAUGUUUCAGCACCACCUGAAAUUACUUCCAUACUUCAAGAAUAUUAUCGUGAUUCAUAUUCUCAUCGAUUGGAUCUUCUUCGUGAUAUGCCAUUAUAUGUACGAGGCUAUCGUCGUCAGAUUAUUCAACAAGGUCCAAUGAAAAUGAAAGAUGCAAAAAAUAGUCAAGAUGUUUAUUGUUAUUUAUUUACUGAUAUGUUUCUUAUAACCAAAGGUGGUAAAAGAAGUGGUACAACAAAUGCAUCAUCAUCAAAUUCAUCAUCAUUGACAUCCAUCAGUAAUGAUGGACAAUUUAAUCGUGGUACACCAACAACAUUAAAUAAAAUUCUUAAACCACCAAUACGUAUUGAUCGAAUGGAUGUUCGAGAAUAUGAUCGCCGCGGUGGUGGAAGUAGUAGUAAUAAUGAACCAAAUACUGCAUCAUUUAUAGCAUUGGCCUUUUCUGAAUAUAAUUUGAUUGAAUAUGGUUACUUAUUUCAAACAAAUUUAAGUAAACAAUGGAUUGAAAAUAUUCGAACAGCAAAAACAAAUUUUCAAUUAUUAAUGGAAGAAUCAAAAAUGAAAUUACAAAAUGCACAUAAUUAUUCAACUACAUCAACAUCAACAACAACGGCAAUGACAACAACAAAUUCAAAUACAACAUCGUCUACUAUACAUCAAUCGUUACCUAGUCUAUCAUCAACAUCUGAAAUAUCACUUGAUUUACCUGCACUUAAAACUGAUGGUACAUCUAUUGAUAGUUCUUCAAUAGAUGAACCUAUUGUUCAGAUUUCGACUGAAUCUAUUCGACGUUUAUCUAAAGUUGAAUCUGAUGUAUUUAAAAUAGUUGAACAAGCUCGACGAAAUUCUCGUACUGAUCAUAAAAAUUAUGGCCGAUAUUUUACAGCGGAUGGUACAGGUACGCAUGGAUCCAAUCCAACAUCAUCAUCAUCAUUAAUUAAUCCAUCGUCAAUUAAAUCAACACCAUCAACAGCUAUUAUUAAACGUAUGUCAUGGAAUAAUGAACCUAUAAAUACAAAUAAUUCAACAACAAUACCAAAUAAUGAAUUAAGCAAUACAAAUUCAUUUCGUAGUGUACAUAGUUCAAGUGGUGUUAGUUCAACUGGCUCAUUUUUAUUUAGUGCUGAUGAAGAAUCAUCAAUAACAACAGCAACAUCAUCAAUGCCAGUUCAGACAUCAUCAAUUAAAAAUAAAAAUGAUGAUUUAACUGAUGAAUUUGAUGAAUUUGAUGGCAAAAGUUCAUCAUCAACUGUUAUUGGUACAGAUGAUCAUGAACAUUUAACUAAUUCGAUAUUAUCACAAGAACAAAAUGCAUCUUCAAUUGUAAAUUCAAAUGAUUUAUAUAGUAAUGAUAUGAACGAUAAUAUAAAUAGUCAACAUCUAGUCAGUAGACUAUCAACAUCAAAUGCAAAUAUAAUAACACCAUCAAAUAAUCAAGCUCCAAUUGAAACCGUUCCAUCUAACAAUACUCAUAUGCCAUCACCAGAAUCAUCAUUACGUCGAACACCAUAUGCAAGUGUUAAAAAACGUAAUCAAAGUCAUAUUCAUCAUCGUUCUGGUCUCGGACAACAACAACAACAACAACAACAACAAAAUCUUUUUCGUCGACAUAGGGUUUUUGAUGAAAAUGAUCUACGUUCUUCCACACAUACUGUUGUUUAUGAUUCAUCGACAGUUCAAAAUUCACCGACAUCUACACGAACGCGACGAGCUAUCAUACCAUCGGAUGAUAAUAAUUUGAUAGUAUCAUCAUUUGGUGGAAGUGGAAAUGAAAGUGAUUAUGAUAAUAAUCAAUCUAAUACAGAUUAUUCGAAUUUAUCAAAAUAUUUAUCAUCAACAUCAUCAUCAAAACGAUUGUUUAAAAUACCGGUGAAUAAUUUAAAUCGUUUUGAUGAAUUAACACGUACAGAUGAUCUAUUAUUGGGUGAUCAAAAUGAAAUUGUUCUUAAUAACAAUUCAAAUAUUCAUUCAAUAAUUAAUAACAAUGAUGAUAAUGAUGAGGAUGAGGAUGAGGAUGAUGACGAAGAUGGUGAUGAUAAAGAUCAAACCGAAGCACACUUUGAACUAUCUGAUGAUAAUGAUGAUGAUAUAGAUGGUGAUGAAAAUACUAUUCUAUCAACAAUUAUUAAUAAUAAUCCAUCGUCAGAUAAUAAUAUAAUAUUGUCGACUAAUUCUCGUCAACCAUCAUCAAAUCAUCGACCGAACAAUGUAUCUUUUAUGAAACCAACUAAAACAACAACAACAACAACAUUAGAUGAUAGUGCACCAUCGAAAUAUGUUGGAUAUGCAAAAGACCCAUUGACAGCAAGAAAAUUACUUGAUAUUCGAAGUCAUCUAUUAUUAAAUACCACACUCGAUGCAACGUAA